CCUCCUCUUCCUUUGGAAUUAAUUCAUUAUAUUCUUUCCUUUUUACAACAUGAUGAACUUCAUCAUCUUCUCUUAGAACCACCCAAUCAUGAUUGGCUUUUUGCAACAGCAGCUAUGGUUUAUCACGAUUUGAUAUUCACUGAUAUCAAAAGACUAGAAGCCUGCAACAAUCUAUUUAAUCAAACGCGACGUCAACGACAACAUAACCUCAACCAAAGUUUUUACUCUAGAAUCAAUUAUGCUUCAUUCGUACAUUCUUUGGAUUUAUCCAUGUUACAAAGAAAGGAUGUGUUACGGAAUACACUUUUAUUGGACUUUACCAUCGAUUGUCAACAAUUACGUUCACUCAAUCUGUACAACUGCUUUACAAUCAAUAAUGAUGCUAUGAUCAAUAUCUUGUUACAAUGUUCACAAUUGGAAAAACUCUCUCUGGCUGGUGCUACUGGAAUAGAUGCUUCUUGUUUUUUGCAUCAUCGAGUACUUCGCUAUGGUUGCAAGCGCCUACGACACCUGAAUCUCAACAUGAAUCCCUUGUUCUUCCAAUCUUCGAGACGAUACAGCACGAUAUCAAAAUUACCCAUUCUGGAAACGUUGAAAUUAGGUCAUGUUCACUGGAAUGAUACACGCAAAACCUCAUUAUUCGUCCCCAUGAUGAUUCUAUGUGCCAAUGCUCACACGGUGCGGUUAGAUUCAAUGAGCUCGCCAUUGAUUCAAAUAUGCUUACAAUCUUGUCGGAUGAUUCAACAUAUGACACUUUUACGAUGCGACUUGGAUGAAGAAUUAUGGAUACAAAUACAACAACAACAACAACAACAACGGUUGAUCACCUUUGUCUUGGACUCUUGUAUAGUGACUGAUGGUAUAUCAAAGAAACAAAAAACGGAUACGAGUUUUCAAGGGUUGAUGGAUUUGGAUUUAACAAGAUUAGAUUGGAUAGGCUUCAAAAGAAUGAUGAUACCUCGUUUGGUGAUGAAUCAUGUGGUGUCACAUAUUUCUGGAUAUGACUUGACUCGAUUUGAUUGCCCGGAUUCUAUGACGGAUGAUGCAUUGAAAACAUUGAUACAUCGAUGUCCUUCUCUAACUCAUCUUUCUGUUGGCCUAGUGCAUCCUACUGGCAAUGAUGAUGAUGAUGGUCACACACAACGCGGUUGGACAAGGAUAAAGUUUACAACAUUGAUACAGGCUUUGGAUACUUGGAAAACGACAAUGACAUGGUUUGAAUUACAUGGAGGUCGACGGGGGACACGACAUUGGACGGAUGCAUGGAAACGACAACAACAAGCUUUUAUUGACUAUCUUUGCACUGGUCAGAAAAAUAAACAAUUGGAGGUGCUUUUGUUGGAUGGUUUAACUGAACCCUUCACGACGACUGAUAUUGUUCAUUUAGCUCAUCAGUAUCCAGCCAUCCAAUAUGUAGCUUUCAAGUUACAACAAACUCAUAGCAAGGAUUUGGAACAAGCCAUACAACAAUGGAAUGGGCUCGAAGGAUUUCUUUGUGUGAAUCAUGACAAUCUGGUGCAAUGGCCUAAUGAUUCUUGGCGGGAAUGGAAAUGGAUGGAUGUUAAACAACAAUCUUUUUUACGUUGGAAGGAUAUAGAGGCUACUGGUUAGUUACUUAGUUCAUUUAGAUUGAAUAAAAAAAAAAUACACAUUGUCUUUUUUU